GCUAUGUUUAUUAUUUAAAAAAUGUUUUGUGUAUUUAUUUAUUUUUCCGCUGUAUCUCAGGAGGUUCCUGACCGAACAAAGGGUUUGUUAUCACAAUCAGGUCCCGUUUAAACGCUCGCGUAAACACGCUUCUUCUGCGUCGCGUCGCGUCUCGCUCGCGCUCUCUUAGCGGAGACGCUUCUAUCACGGACACGUCGGAGAUCACCGCGCAUUUAGCGUGUCCAGUCAGAGACCCCUCUGCCCUACAUUCAUUCCCGAUGCUGGAGGAGGAUGGGGAGGCACAUCCCAGAAUGUCCUCGCGGAUGGAUGCAGCUGUUGUUGUAGUUCCGCGGAUCGUGCGUGCGCGUAACGUGAGUGAAUCGUGAAUAGAUAGAUAGAUAGAUAGAUAGAUAUUAUUCAUCCCAUGAGGGACAUUGGAGGACGCGUUUGGAAGGACUUUUAAGCACUAGAGGAGAGAAGGGGGUCCACUCAGUGCCGACCGGAGCAUGAUGGACCCCCUGGCCAACAUUCGCGCAUCUCAGGCGGAGCGCAGCAGCAGAGGAGCCGCCGGUGGAGAAUCAGCGGACGAGCAGACACGCGGCUGCGGGAGAGACCCGCCGAUGGGCGGCAGCGACAGUCUGAGCAGCUUCGCCAACAUGGAAGACUCGCUGGAGGAGAAACUCAAAGGUCUGGCGUUCAGGAAACAGAUCUCGUACAGGAAAGCCAUCUCACGGUCGGGCCUCCAGCAUUUGGGUCUGGCCCACAGUCCAUUCCCUGCCCUGAGCAAUGGACCGGCCAAGGAGCUUCACAGCACAGUGGACUGGAGUGAGAACGCAGUGAACGGUGACCACCUGUGGCUGGAGACGAAUUGCUCCGGCGAUCUCUGCUACCUGGGCGAGGAGACGUGCGUGGUCAAGAUUGCAAAGUCGGCUCCCCGGAGGAAGUGUGCAGCCUGUAAGAUCGUGGUCCACACGGCGUGUAUCGAGGAGCUGGACAAGAUCAACUUCCGCUGCAAACCCACCUUCAGAGAGGGCGGCUCUCGAUGCCUUAGAGAUCAGAGCGUUUUGAGACAUCACUGGGUCCAUCGCCGGCGACAAGAGGGGAAGUGUCGUCAGUGCGGAAAAAGUUUCCCGCAGAAGUUCUUCCACAGCAAGGAGAUUGUGGCCAUCAGUUGCUCCUGGUGCAAGCAGGCAUUCCAUAAUAAGGUCACGUGCUUCAUGCUACAUCAGAUCGAGGAGCCCUGUUCUCUAGGAGCUCACGCCGGGGUCAUCGUACCACCUUCCUGGAUCAUCAAAGUCAGGAAACCGCAGAGCUCAUUUAAAAACUCCACUCGAAGGAAAAAACGGACGUCGUUCAAAAGAAGAGCCAGCAAAAAGGGGACAGAUGAAUCGAAAUGGCGUCCGUUCAUGCUGAAGCCGCUGCCCUCACCGCUGAUGAAACCAGUGCUGGUGUUCGUCAACCCCAAGAGCGGCGGAAACCAGGGGACGAAGCUGCUGCAGAUGUUCAUGUGGAUCCUGAACCCUCGGCAGGUGUUUGAUUUGUCUCAGGGAGGGCCCAGAGAAGCGCUGGAAUUAUACAGGAAAGUGCCAAAUCUUCGCAUCCUUGCCUGUGGAGGAGAUGGAACGGUGGGCUGGAUUCUCUCGGCCUUAGAUGAACUACAAAUGAACCCACAACCUCCUGUAGCUGUGCUUCCUCUUGGUACAGGAAAUGACCUUGCCAGGACACUGAACUGGGGAGGGGGUUACACAGACGAUCCGGUGUCGAAGGUCUUGUGUCAGGUGGAGGACGGGACGGUGGUGCAGCUGGACCGCUGGAAUCUGCAGGUGGAGCGAUCGGCCGUUCAGCCGGAGGAGGGAACGCAGAAGCUUCCUCUAAACGUGUUCAAUAACUACUUCAGCCUCGGCUUUGAUGCCCACGUCACCCUGGAGUUCCACGAGUCCAGAGAAGCCAAUCCUGAGAAAUUCAACAGUCGCUUCCGUAACAAGAUGUUCUAUGCAGGGGCGGCCUUCUCUGACUUCCUCCAGCGGAGCUCCAGGGAUCUGUCCAAGCACGUCAGGGUGGUGUGUGACGGUACGGAUCUCACACCCAAGAUCCAGGAGCUGAAGUUUCAGUGCAUCGUCUUCUUGAAUAUUCCCAGGUACUGUGCAGGGACCAUGCCGUGGGGCAACACGGGCGACCACAGAGAUUUCGAGCCUCAGAGGCACGACGACGGCUGCAUCGAGGUGAUCGGCUUCACCAUGGCCUCGCUGGCGGCGCUACAGGUGGGCGGUCACGGCGAGCGGCUGCAUCAGUGCAGAGAGGUGGUCCUCACCACCUUCAAGACGCUGCCGGUGCAGGUGGACGGAGAGCCGUGCCGCCUCGCGCCCUCCACCCUCCGCAUAUCUCUGAGGAACCAGGCCAACAUGCUGCAGAAGAGCAAGAGACGCACGUCUGUGCCGCUGCUCAACGACAUUCAGAAAGUGUGCGCAGCCGACCUGCGCCGCCUCUCUGCUCCCCCCGACUCCUUCUCUGUCCCUCAUGCCGUCCCUGAGCGUCUGCGUCUGCGCGUGAACCGCAUCGGCCUGCAGGAGUACGAGAGCAUGCAGUUCGACAAGGAGCGUCUGCGUGACAUCUCGACUCCUGUUGGCAUCGUGGUGGUGAGAGGAGACUGUGACCUGGAAACCUGUCGACUGUACAUUGACAGACUGCAGGAGGAUUUGCAUCAGGCGCCCUCUACUGGUCACAUAGUGCACUACCAGGAUGAGAGCACAGGUCUGCCGCGGCCCAGUUCUGCACACAGACUUUCACCAAACUGGAGCUUCCUAGACUCUACAUCAGCUGACCGCUUUUAUCGCAUAGACAAGGCUCAGGAGCACCUGCACUUUGUGACCGAAAUAUGCCAGGAUGAGGUUUUCAUCCUGGACCACGAGGCCCCAGCGGUGAGCCAGGUCCGGGUCCCAGGAAUGCCAGACGUGGUGGUGGAGCCCAGUUCCGGGGUUGCCCUGACCUCUGACGAACAAGCUCUCCUGUCGGCUGCUGUUAAAGGAGAUGUAGAGGCGGUGUCGGGCUGCUGCGCCGCCGGGGUCGGUCUGCUGGUGCGGGACUCUACGGGCUGCACCGCUCUGCACCUGGCCGCCCAACACGGCCACACGGAGAUCGUGACUUUUAUUCUGGAGCACGGGUCAAAGCUGAUGUUGGAUUUAACUGACAGAGACACAGGCGAUACCGCAUUGCACAAAGCAGCUUCUCAGCAGCAUGUGGAGGUGUGCAGACGUCUGCUGGAGGCCGGGGCUUCCCUCAGCAAAACUAACUUCCUAGGAAAAACCCCCAAGGAUUGCGCCCUGGACGCCGGGAACUCGGAGUUAGCGUCUCUCAUGGAGAGCCAGCCGGUGGAGGAGCCGGAGGCGCACGAGGACCUGGAGACAGCUGUAUGAACGGGCUCAGCGAUUAGAGUCGGGAAGAUUUUUACCCACAGAAAGCGGCUGUCGGCACUCCUCCGAGUGUCCGCUCACACUCGCAGAGAAAGAACGAGAGAGCGUGAGAGAAGACAGACGGAGAGAGAGGUGUAUCGAGAGUGCCUCGGGCUGAGAGAGUCCUCGGGAUCGCGUCUAGCUGUUGUUUUUCCACUGAUGUCGCUGUGGGGUUUUAGCAUUUAUUUAUUGCUCUUAUUUAUUAUAACUAUUUAUUCAAAGAUGGAUUGGGUUUUGUUGCAUCGCAGGUUAGUUUUAGAGACAAAAGAUGUUUAAACAUGCCAGAGAUGGAAGCUGUCAUGCAUCAAUGUUGUGUGCCAAAGACACACAGAGAGGAAGAACAUCAACUGAAGAGAGUUCGAUUAAAGGAGGAUCUUCUUCCAGAGAGUUUUUACGAUUGGACAGAAUCAUCGCGGAGAUUUUAAACUCAAACUACAGACUUUUCUCGUUUUGUUUGUGUGCCGUUACAGUGGAGUGGUUGUGAAAUUAUCUUACGACGACGAGAAAAGAUCUGAGCCAUAUUCAAUGCAAUAUGAAUGGAUGACAUUUGUGCAUUUAUCUAUUUAAUAUUACAUUACAUUAAUGUUUCAAGACAAGCAAAGGAACUGGAUGUGGUUUUUUUUUUCCAUUGGUGGCAGCUGAUUGGUUUCUGAAAUGCCAAGUUGGUUGCAUUUGACCGAAGAAUGACUAAACCAAAUGAAUGCCGGUGAGAGUUAAGUGUGGUAUUUCGAACAUAUGCUUAGUCCAUGUCACAUCACUCAUGCCGGGAAAUGCCCAGCAAUGUGUCUGCAUGAAAAGCGGAUCACGCUGAGCCUUUGUGAGAUCUAUUUACAUACGAGUGAUCUGCUGUGUUAUCUUGUAUCAUUUUAAAGCAUUAUUGUGCAUGGAUAUUUUAUUACCUCUCUGGAUGUUUCUACCCCUCAGUGAUUAUGUAA